GUAUGAACGGGCAGUGUUGCUCUGACAUCAAAGCCCUCUGAGGAAAUAAAUGAAACUAUGGAAACAGGGCUCAUCCCACUCAUGGACCACAGCACGUAUUUCAGCAGGGUCUCUGAUUGUACAUUUUCACGUUCUUAGAGCCACCUGACACUCAAUUUAUAACCACCUUAACAUUCAAGCUUUACGAUAUGCACUGCUGUCGCUUUCAUUAUUGUAGUAACAGCUAGUCAAUGCCAAUAAUAGCAUAAAGAUGGAAUAGGGAAGAAAAUGAAAAAUCUGCAUAGGCCAAGAUGGAGAUAAAAGUACUCCUGAGCACAGAACGUGUUUAAAUGCUAUCAAUGUGAAUAUGUUGAAAAUGAAUGGCGUUUUUGUUUUUUAUACCGCAAAGACUGUUAAGGAUAAACAGAUGUCACGCCUGAACUUAACAGGAAGCGACAAGAGAAAAUAGCCAUCUUUAACUAGCGCUAAGCCUUCAGCUACGGUACAGAGACACACACCAGACCCCUCCAGGCAAGCAGACGGUGAUGAUAAAAAGCGGUUACAGAUACAGAGCACCAUGGGUUGGAACAGUAGCAGUACUGUUUCCACAGGUUUUCCGGUGGUGGUCGUGUGCCUUGCCGCCUUGCUCCUCAGCAAUGCCUUGAUCUACCUAUAUCUGGACUCUGUGUAUCAGACUGAUGAGCAGCUGGUGUCCUCUCAUGUAGGCUGUGUGCCUCGACAUUUUAAAAUGGCGACAAUGAAGAACUGCACCCCUUGGCUCCAGUGUUCACAGAUAAAUGCAGAAGUUCGAAAGCUGAAGCUGAUUGGCCAGGGAGCUGUUAAGAAGGUCUAUCUGGCUGAGUGGCAAGCUCAGAAGGUGGCUGUGUCCAAACUGUCCUCUGUGGAUUACCUGGAGGACUUUCUCCAUGGACUGUCCAUGUUACAGGCCUUGCAGAGCCCCCAGGUGGUGCAGUUGGUGGGGUUUUGCCUUGAAGACCACAGUGUGGUCACAGAGCACCACCCACAUGGCUCAUUGCUUAACUUGGACGUUGUAUUUGCACAAGAGCAGCACCAGCAACAUAACACAUGGCAGACACGCCUGAGGCUGUCUAUGGACUAUGUCUCCAUCCUUCAUUACCUCCAUAACAGCCCAGCUGGGCGGCGGGUUAUGUGCGAUUCCAACAGCCUGGAGAAAACACUCUCCCAGUUUCUGCUGACAAGUGACUUUCACCUGGUAGUGAACGAUCUGGAUGCACUGCCUCAGGUGGACCCAUCCCGAGGCUUGUUAGUGAAAUGUGGCCACCGCGAGCUCACUGGGGACUUUGUGGCCCCAGAGCAGCUGUGGCCAUUCAGAGACAAAGGGAAACCAUUUUCAGACGAUCUCAUGCCUGAAUAUGAUGAGAAGACAGAUAUAUGGAAGAUCCCAGACAUUACGUGGUUCCUGAUGGGAAGGGUACCUGGAGGAGAUUUAGUCCACUUCCAUCUUUUUCAGAUCCAUGAGGAGUGUAAGAAGGACGAUCCUAAGCUCCGCCCUUCAGCUCUGGAUGUUUUAAAGGUGUACAAAUCAGUCUACAGCAGCAUGGUGCGUGACAGUGCUGGCUUUAGAGACAUACUGUAGAAUAAUGACUCACAAUGUUCCAUAUUUGUAUUUCUUUUCUGUUCAUAGAAGUUGCAGCUACAGUAUUAUAGUGUGGUGGUGGUGUGUGUGGUAACUGUGAAAAUUCAAGGAAUGGUGAAGAGAUCUGAACUCCAACAUAGAAACAGAUAAAUGGGAAAAUAUGCUGGCAGAUAUUGGGUGGUCAGAUCUCCAUAGGUGUUAUUAUACACCAGUUAAAUUUGUUGUUUCUUUGUUUCUCCUUCUUGGAAACAAAUAAUUAAAAUGAUCAGAGAAUGGUUGCAUUGGCCAUUGCCAGAAUCUUCUCAGCUGUGUUCAUUAGGAGAUUGGUUUCUUAUACCACCAGGUAUAUCCAAUCAAAAUUUUGAACUUGCGCUGGCAGGCUAUAUAAAAACUAAGUAAAAACUUUAUUUGCAAAAAAAAGAGAAACUUGACAAGUUUCAUCACAGUAUUUGUAACUUCAGCUUUCUCCUCUGACAGUACCAGAACAGACUGGUGGACAAUACAGCAGUAAAUAGUAAAGGGUAAAUGGACCCUCGGUGUUACCAUCUCCUUUAUGGUCAGGUAUAGUCAUAUCUCAUAUUGUUUGUUCAUAAAAAACACUUUCAUCCACCAUGCCUCUGUUAUACCAGUAGCUUUAACAAAGAUAUGCACUUUAUGUUGGCCUUUUUGAUGGAAGGCAUGUAUUGUCAGUGAAUCUUUUUUUUUUUUUUUUUUGGUCAAGAAUACUUUUACUUACUUUGACAUGUCUCUGCAUAGCCUUGCUGAAACAUUGAAUAAAAUGUUCACAAAGUGUAAUAGCCUGGAGCUUUACUGGGGAUAACAGGAGUGAGUGACAGGAUCUUUUACUUUUCCUUUUAGUAAUCCUUCUAUGGGACACUAUGGAAAAUACAGAAAACAAGCAUGCAAAACUAUUAAUCUGUAAAAUAUUUCUAGUGUUUUACUAAUUUUGAUGCAGAUCAUGUUGCACUUUGCACUUAAUUGCUCUCUGUCUACUGGCAUUUUUCCCUUCAGCUGUAAGCAUGCCACUGUGUACCCCCUCCUAAAGAAGCUCUCCCUGGAUCCCUCUGUUCUAAAUAAAUUUAGACCCAUUAUAUGUAAGAUUUUAGGGGAAAAAAUGUCUCCACACAACUGAUU